AUGACCAAGACAAUGGACUACGCCACACCUCAAACGACUAAAAUCGAGAACCCUCGAUUGAGGCUUCUGAAUAAGCUCAAGGCCGGCGAAUUCCCAGUUUUAACCUUUAUGGCUAUCCCCUCCGUGAGAAUGGCCCAGAUCGUCGCUUUGACCGGUCUCGAUGGCAUCGUGGUAGACGCAGAACACGGUCACAUUGGCGAUGAUGCGAUGCAUAACUCAGUGGCUGCAAUUGCUUCACUCGGAGUUUCACCUGUCAUCCGAAUUCGAGGCCCCGCUCACGACAUCCUCAAGCGCGCCUUGGAUACCGGAGCCCAUGGCAUUAUGGUCCCCCAAAUCAACAAUGCCGAGGAAGCACGGCAGGUCGUUGCAUCCUCCAAGUUCCCACCACAGGGUGUUCGUGGUCAAGGCUCGGCAUUCCCUGCCAUUGGCCACGGUUUGACAACACCCGAGUAUAUGAAAAGUGCCAACGAGACCAUCAUCACGAUGCUCCAGAUUGAGACGAAAGCUGGUGUCGAGAACGUGGAUGAGAUCGCCGCCGUUCCUGGUGUCGAUCUCCUUUUCAUUGGGCCAAAUGACCUUGCCCAGUCCCUUCUUGGUUACACUCCCGCUCGUGGAGAUGAGCCGGAAUUCGUCGCUGCCAUUGAUAAGAUCAUUGCUGCCGCGAAGAAGCAUGGCAAGUGGUGUGGCCGUAUGACGAACGACGGAGCAGCGAGCAAGGAGGGACGAAAGAGGUAUGAUAUGGUGUCGAUGACUGGAGAUACCAAGGCAAUUCAGAACUGGUAUAUUGCGGAGCUUGAGGUUGCUCGCUCAUAG